AUGACGUCUUCACUGUCUUCUCGUCAGGGAAUCGUUACCAAAGCCAGUUCUCGUCUCUCUGUGGUGUUACAAGAAUGUGAUGAUGUUCUGAAAACUAGAAUCGAACUGCCGACAAACGAAGCCCAACGACGAGAAUACAGUAAAGUCCUUCAGCAAAAAAUCCGCAAAGCAAAAACAAUAAUCCAGUCUGAAAUCAAUAACGCCGACUGCGCUCUAGAUAAAUACGUCAAGACUGCCGAUGAUCUCAGUCCUGACGUACCCAGAUUGGACGAAAUCCUUCAGAAGGUGAAAUCCAACUCAGAAGCGGCACAAGAACUCCUUCAAAAAGCACGCACAGCCGUCACUACACUCAACGAGAAGUACGGAAAUACUCAAUCUCUCGUCGAUCAGCUUUUGCGAAACGCUCAAAUGUUGCGCGCUCGGAGCGAUCGACUUGAGGAUCAGCAAAAGCUCUAUGAACAGCUUUUCUCUCUGACAAGUCAGUUACAGCUGAAAGGAGAACACAUCGAUAACAGUUUCUUCCAAAAGCUUCUUUUGGGAAAAUUCUCUGAACCAAUUCAGAGACACAUAUUACGCCAAAAACAGCAACUGUCUACCGAAACGUGGGACACACGAACGCUGUUGGCGACUGCGAAAGACUACAUUGAAGCCGAAAUAAGAAUUUCGAAACAAGUUGAAAAGCAUUACGGUAACAUCAACGAGUUCGCCAACUCGCACUUCAAGAAGGAAUACAGACCAAACUCGUCAAUAAGAAAGCAGUCGAAGGGAGAUGUUCCCUGUUUUUACUGUAACAAGAGUGGCCACCCCGCAAAAAAUUGUGACGCAUUCCCAUCAAGAGAAGAACGUUUGGAGAUUAUGAAGAAAAACAAACUCUGUCACAAUUGCGGAAGUAGAAACCACGCCACUCCACAGUGUACGAAAGGAAACUGCACAAUUUGCAGCAAACACGGCCAUCAUACCUCCAUCUGUAUGAAGGCUGUCAAUUUGAAAAAUCCGCAACAGAGCUCCACCAAGCCCCCGUUGAACGCUCCUCCACUGAAACCUCAGUCAACAGCAAAGAAAAUCCCACAAGCAAGAAUAAAUCUUGCCUCUUCCAUUAACGAAGAUAAAGAGACCACUUCAACCACCCUCAAUUUCACUACCAUAAAAGGGAGCAACGACACAAUGAUCCUAACAGGUCGAGCACAGGUCCUAAAUCCUGCGACGCAAUCAUUGGAAUCAAUCUACGUCCUGCUCGAUACCGGCGCGGACCGCUCGUUUAUAAAAGAGGAGCUAGCCGAUCGACUCCAACUGAAAGACAUGAGCUCUGAAGAGCUAACAAUAACGACGUUCGGUUGCAUGAAGCAGAUGAAAAAAUGUGGAGUUACGUCCAUCCAAAUGUGGGAUCAAAACGGAGCCCCUCAUAUCUACAGAGUCACUCGCAUCCCACGAAUCAUGGAAACUCGGCAACAGUGUAAACUUACCAAAGCCGAUAGAGAAUAUCUUUUUGAAAAUAACAUCAGGCUUUCAAUUGACAUGUCAACAACCGACGUUGAACCGCAGGUGUUACUGGGUUGUGCUGACCUUUUCAGUCUUCUAGAAAAAGGAUUCAGCAUUCAGCAAACGCUACCAUCAGGUGUGCAAGUGGUUCCCUCCAAACUAGGCUAUCUGGUAACAGGUAGAAAACAAGAGCAGAAGGAAAAAGAAGAAGAGGAAAGGUCUCUAGAAAAAAAUGAUCACACUUCCGAUGUACUUAUGCUAGAGGCAGGAUACGAAAAAAUGACCACAAACGGUGAGCAUGAAAGCGACGGAAUCACUACACCAUCUCCACGUUACGAUUUUCGGCCUCGAAAGAAAACAUUUGGAGACUCUUCACAUCAAGAUCAAUCCACAAUUAGUAUGACGUCGCUAACAACUAGCCUCCUCAUCAUGAGUGUUUUUCAACUCCUGCUACCUACGGCGGCUGGACACUUUCAAAAUCCGCACAAUGCUAGCAUAAAAUGCACGGAUGAAGGGGUCGAACUAACUUCCACGAACGUAAAAAGAUACGAACUGUGCAUCGAAAACCUGUGCUCCAUAAAAGAAAAUCCGCCGUUACAGGAAAAUUUGAAUAUCGAACCAGAAUUAACCCUUCAUCAAUACACAGUUAGAUGGAAAACUACCGACGGAAAAGAAGUGCUCAUGAUUGAAAAAACAUGUGCCCCAGCUCCAUUUUGCCAGAAAAUCAACUGCUGGCUAUGCACCGCUAACGUACUCAACCCCCACUGCUCUCCGAAAGCUGCUAUAGCAGCAGCGACCAUAGUCAUCUAUUUGACCACCAUGUCGCUCUACUUGGCAUAUCAAAGCCUUCGCUUUAUAACAAGACCAUGCCAUAUAACUAUCAGGAUUCUCUUCUCACUCUGCAUGAUGUGCCCUUCACUUUUACGUUGUCUAUUCACGCUGCUGAAAGAAGGUAAAAGAAGAAGGUACGCAGAGAACCGAACCAGAUAUGAUGUCAGUUCAAUCUUGGAUACACCCAUUAUCGCAAUAACAAUAGUGGGAAUAGUCUGCCAAACAGAAGCUUGCCAAGAAAUCAAUGUCUUCACUCAUCAUACGAAAUCUUGUUCGUUAUCACCCAAAGGAGGACAACUCUGUAAGAUCACACUCAACGAAGUUCUCAAACUGAAUACCUUCAAUCAGGAAGCCUGCAUUCGCCUUAUCAGCAAUAAGACCAUGAUACAAGAACUACGCUUUAAAUGGAGAGGUCUUCACUUAAAAGAACAUUAUGUUUACACGACAUACGAAACAGGAAGUCAUUGA